AUGGCACACACGGUCUAUCACGGCAUCGCGCAACGCAUUUACUUCAACAAGGAAGUCGCGAUCGGGAUGACGCUCGGAUUAAUCGCGGGGGCGGGCUGGAAGUGGAAUCACUGGCAGCAUCGAAGCGCGCAGCAGGAGUACUACGCCGCGCUGGCGAAGAAGAACAAGAAGUAA